UUUCCCAUAUUCGCUGUCGACCAAGCACGGCAAAAUGCCGCUCAAUCUCAACGAAGAUGUGUUUUGAAAAAAACGUCAUCGAAUCCGCACAGUUUGGUGGCCACUCGCACCAAAUCUAAGCACAAACACCUCGCUUAGCUGUAAAUUUGUGUUCGUUUCGUUUUCCUCGAGGAUUUUCUAAAAUCUAUUCAACAGAUGCCGGAAAGCUUGCUUUUACCCGCGAGUUACAUCGUGAUGGCGGAAGCCGAACCGGACCUAAGCACCUUCGAGAACAAGACCGGCCUGGCCGAGGACAUGAAGUUUCUUGCUUCCAUGCCGGAGCUGUGUGACGUCACAUUUCUUGUGGGAGACACCAGGGAACCAGUGUGUGCCGUCAAGGCUGUGCUUGCCGCCAGGUCCAGGGUGUUCCACAAGAUGCUGUACCAGGCCCCCAGCCCCCAGCGCAAGAAGGAGCCCCCACCACGCGAAAACAAACUCCGCCUCUUCCUCAAGAGAUCCUCCGAACCGCUUCUAAACCUGCAGAACGCGUCCCAACAGAGAGGGUUCACCCAGCAGCUGGCCCCUAUCCAAGAGCCGCCAUCACAACAACAUCAAACUUUGAUCAUUGAAGAAUUCGAACCGGACGUUUUCAGACAGUUGAUUGAGUAUAUUCAUACAGGGUGUGUCACUCUUCAACCACGUACAUUACUGGGUGUGAUGAAUGCAGCAGAUUAUUACGGGUUAGACGAACUCAGAAGAGCUUGCGCUGGUUUCGUUCAGUGUUGCAUAAACGUCGACACAGUAUGUGCUCUUUUGGCCUCAGCUGAACGCUACAUUCAGUAUAAAUGCACCAAAACACUCGUUCAAAAAGUUUUAGAAUUUGUUGACGAACACGGCAACGAGGUUCUCAAUUUGGGUUCUUUUACACUUCUACCCCAGCAUGUUGUCAGACUGAUUUUGGCUAGAGAUGAACUCCACGCUGACGAAUUUACGAAAUUUCAAGCGGCACUUAUGUGGGGUAAAAAAUAUUGUGAUAACAACCCCAGUACUAGUUUGAAGGACGUUAUAGGUAACUUCUUAGAGUACAUUCAGUUCCAUAAGAUACCAGCAAAUGUUCUUAUGCGGGAAAUACACCCCUUAGGCUUGGUGCCCUACAACAUAAUUAUGAAUGCGCUAGCAUAUCAGGCAGACCCGGCAAGUAUCGACCCCGGAAAGCUGUCACCCAAUCGAGUAAGAAGACAAGCCCAGGGUAGGUCGAUGUCCGUGCAGAGCUCUCUGGACCCGUACGGUUCCAACACGACGCUGAGCAGCAGCGGCUCCAGCGAGCUGGCUUCUUCGGACGGCAAGCAUUCUUCCAACUAACAUACGGCCACUGUCGCGCCGCAACCGCAACCGCCCCCUCCGCCGCCCCCUCGGUCGCCCUCCCCCUCCCCGCACCAUUUCCCGCACCCGCCCACGGUGACGGUGUCGUCGUCGUCGCCGUCCUCCACGCCGCAAUCCUCCCCCGCGCACACCUUCACCUUCACCAUCGUGCUCAAGAAGGUCACCCCUAAGGAGUAAGGUCUUAGGUUUAUCGUUGCCAAAGAGUCGGUGUACCUAGAUUUAGCAAUAUCUAAGCUGAAGAGUUAGUUUGAUCUUGUGAUAUCCGGUCGUAACAGACAAUCCUAUGCACUUGUUCCAACAGGACUUGCAUGAAGAUAUUCGUUGUUGAAGUUAUCCAUAUCAGAUAUUUGUUGAUUAUUUUUUGAGUAACGUCUUACCUCUCAUACCUUUGGUCAAAAUUCCACACCAAGAGUACCUAGACAUCCCAGUGUUGAGGCGCAACAGUGGCUUGAAUUUUGUUCGAAAUAUUGUUUUUGUGUUAUUUGUAAGACAGAGCUUAUGUAUGUGUUAAGAUAUUGUUGUAUUGUAAAAAAAGUAUUUAUCAGACAGUUGACGAAAUUUACUGGUGGCGGUUAGCAUGGUUAAGGUCAUAUUUUCUCAGGCCUUAUUUACCUCAGACAAAUACUUACCUUGCAACCGACAACAGAGAACAUCUAUAAUUCAUCUGUUAAAAACAAGAACACGAACUACCACAGCCUCUGUGGUAAUUCGUGCUCUUUUCUUAGCGUUAAAAUGCCAUUAUUUAUAAUAAUAUAUACAAAAUAAAUGAAACAAUUAAACAGCCAAACGAAAAGCAAUGUAAACCACGUGCAAUAUUUAAUUUGUGUUGUAUGAAAUUGUUUGUAACGGUAUUUACGCUGUGUUGCAGCUAUAUGUAAAGUAAAGGAACCAUUUUCAAAGUCAGUUAGUUUUUUGGCGCAUUUUCUGCAGUUGGUAACACCAGACGAAAAAUUGGUGUGUUAAUGUUACUCCUGUUGGCACUAAAUUAACAAUUAUCGUUAAAAAUGGUCCCUUUAAAAAUGUCUCAUUGUGUUCAAACACCCUUGUACCAUAUUAAACAGUGAAAUUUUGCUCUUGAUCAACAAUUUAUCAAAAGCUUGAUAAAUAUGUUUGUUUUAAUUAUGUCGCCUACGCAUUUUGCGAACAAAAAUAAUUACAUAUUAAAAGUUAUCGUAACAUUCAACAUCAGUUUUAUUGUUCUUUGUUGUUUGAUUUGUAUUCUUUUUCUACCUUUGUCAAUAUUAUUAUGCAGCAAUACGCGCUAAUACUAAGACUAUGCAGUGUACAAGUUAGUCACAGAUUCUGCCAAAAAUAUUUCAAUGUGGUAUUUAAGCAUUCAUAAGCGAUAAAAUUGGAAUGUGAGAGAUAAAUCAGAAUUCUAGCGACCUUGUUACCAUUUAACUGUGGAUCUAUACACUAUAUUCGUUUAAUUUAGUUGCCAAUGAGUUAUGACUUCUGACACAUACAGUUUGAACCUUGAAAUACUAAAAUUUACAUUGUGCCCUUCAGAAUUCAUAACAGUGGAUGCAAUAUAGAAACGACUUUAUUAAAAGUGCAGUGAAAUAUAUGUUGGAAAUUUUGUUAUAUGUUAUUAUGUUAUGCAGCCUUAUUUAAUCAUUCUUAGAUGUCGGUUAUAAACUGGAUGUUGUUAAUAGAAGAUAAACAUAAUAAUAAAAUAACAAAAAAUGUAAUGCAUGUUAAAAUAAAAAGAUUGGAAGGCAUCUUUCAACUCGUUAAAAUGUUUUGACCAAAUAAUCAAUUGUAUAUGUGGGCUAAGAUGUUAUAAAUAUAUUUAUUUACUUAA